CACCUUGGAUGAAGGGCUGCUGGCCCUCGGCAAUGACCAAGUUCAUGCCGGUGCUGGUAAUCGGCGCAUCCAGUUCAGCACGGACAUUGGUGUUAUAGUCGUCGCAUCCCACGUAAAUGUUACGUGGGUUGGCCAUCAUGGCGAUCCCGGCCUUGACGUUUGGGAUCAGAGCCGCCUGGGUGAGAAACAAAGCGUCGACCGUUGGGUGUGCGUCCAGUCACAGGACUGUUAUCGACCUCAACCAAGAUCACUGUAUCACUCACGGUGAUGUCGGCGUUGAAUUUCAGGUUCUUCCCCGUAACCGCAUUGUAUCCGUCCAAUGCACCCGUGCAGCGCUGGACGGCGUAGGUCGCAUCAAGGUUGAGCGUGAUGCACAUCGGGUUGUGCACGUUGUAGGGGUUGCUGCCCAGGGCCUUGCCGAGAGCGACUCCUCUGGAUGAAUAUGCAGAUGUCUUCAGCGACGGCAGCAAUGGUGCCAAUGGGUUUUAUCUCGUCAUAUCCAUUGUUGUAAGAACCAAUGGCAGCGCCACCUUGAGCGGCGGCCGUCAAGAGAGGAAGAGUGAUAGCCUGAGUGUGAAGCGUGGAGAUCAAUCCCAUGCUGUGAGCGGCGAUCGCAUCGCGGAUCUGCUGGGGUAGUGUUCCUU